UAGGGGCGGGAUUCAGUGGCCAAGAGUGCAGUGCGAUGGUAGGGCGAGGGGGCUGUUUGGAGAGGGGUGUCGAUGACCAGUCAGGACACAAACGUGGCUAUCAAGUAACAGGAUACACUUUGUAUAGAGAGAGAGGGAAAGGUUACUUCACCCUUUCUUGAUAGAGCUAGCACAGAGGCUCACCGCACACACCAUGUACCUGAACGUGAAUCUUACGCCGCCACCCCCCGCGGCGGCCGAGGGCUCCUGCACCACUCCCAAGACGCCGGAGAUCCUCAACUCCCUCAUCAACCUGACUAGUCCACCCCUCCCCCACUCCUACUCCCAAUACCAAUGCGAGCUGGAUAGCGGGGCGCUCCAGAGCCCCGUCAGUGACUUGAGCAGCCCCGGAGACGAAUUCGGCAGCAUCGGCAGGAAACAAGGCGAUAUGCGACACCUGGCGGAGGCGAUGGGCAGCUGUGGAGAAGGUGGCCUGGUGGGCGGGUCCCCCGGCACCUCAGGUAUGGGCGGCCCCCUGGCUGGGGCCUCGCCUCCCUCCACCCCCGAUCUGCCCUCGCCUGUCAACACUGUGGAAGCCACCAAGUCAGCCCUCAUCAAGGAAGGCCUCAAGUUGCAGAUCCGCAGCAAACUUCAGGCAGCCGGCGUCGACACUCCUGAGUCCCUCCUCGACGAAACCAAAAUCUUCAAAGACGUAAGCAAUGAUCUGACGGAGGAGGACGAGGAGCGGCGACGACGGCGGCGUGAGCGCAAUAAGGUUGCCGCCACGAAGUGCAGGAACAAGAAGAAGGAGAAGACGAAUUUCCUCAUGGUGGAAUCCGAGAAUGUAGAGGAUGUCAACUUGAGGCUAAAGUCAGAGAUUCAACGGUUAACCUCAGAGAAAAUGAAGUUGGAGAAGCUUCUCGGUGAUCCCAACCACCGGGCCCACUGCCGCCAUACUGGCCGCUGCGCCAAGACACAGACCAGGCCGCCACUUGUCAUAGUUACGCCAGCAGAAUCACCUGGCGCCACCACCUCCAGCUCUUGCUCUUCCUCCUCUGCCUCCUCCACCACAUCCUCCUCUUCCUUGGAGAGCCCCACCUCCCCUCCGCUCCCUUGUUCCUCAAGCUAUGAGCCCCCUACCACAGUAGUCCCACAUGUCACCUCCCAAUCCCAGAGCCCCCUGUCCAUGACAACUCUGCCGCCUGGCACCACUACCACUUCAUCUGACUCUGUUUCCUGUGCCUCAUCAACCUCAUCUCAAUUUCUGGCACCGAAAUACAGCCCGACGCAAGUCAUUAACCAGAGGCACCAUCCCUACCAGUUCCCUGGACGGUCCCAUCAGUCCUCAGGUGUCGGAGGGGAGAAGCAAGGGUAUGGAAGUCCGGCCUCAACCCCUGACUGCCAGACCAAGCCUAAUUACAAUUAUACUUGCUUGGGAGUGCCCCAGACCCACGAGUUUGUCCCGCCCACACUGCCGUCCCAGAAACCAAUGUACACUGCGCCCAAGUCACGUAGUGGCGGUCUAGUAAGGUACAACCCGUACAGCACGCGGCCGCCUCCUGUCACCUCACCCCUGGCCACUCACACACACCCUCAACCAAGAACAGUGGUGGCGUGUGGGGACUCGUAUGUCCAGGCAAACAAUAAUACUGGUUGUGGGCGUGAGGACCAGCAGGUGUAUGUCACAGACAUGCACACAAAUCAGUUUUUCCCGCCAUGUUCCUAUAGUAAUAUGUGACCCUCAGCCAUGUGGGUGUGAGUGUUGCACGUGUGCUAUUCGGGUUGUUGCCUUCCAGGUGGUGCUGUAUAUAGUUCAAUGGACAUUGCUCCAUACACUUCUUUUUUUUUUUUUUUUUCCCUCUCCCUGCAAGGGCCAGCCAAGCUGUGAGUUGCACUGGGACUCCUGCACAAGUUUUCUUUUUGGCCUCAUAUAUUUGGCCAGGUUUAGAAAAGUUUGCUUGCAUUGUAAUUUUGCUGAUGGGCAAGUUUUGUUGUUGCAUGUUGUUUUAUGAUAUAGCCCUCAGACUUUCUGAUGGUUUGCAGACAUUUAGCCAAGAGGCAGGAUUGUGCCUUUUUGUGACUACUGUGUUGUUGUUGCUGUUACUGCUAGUGCCGGGUUGAUUUUGGUGUUAGUGUGCGUGUGAGUGAGUGCUCCGGAGCCGGUCACUAGGGAUUAGCACCUCUCGCUGGACAUUCUUUAUAUUGGCCAAUGUUCUUUGUGCUAUUUGAUCCAUACAUAUAUAUAUAUUUUUAUUAACUAUAUUUUUCAUAAAAGAAAUGUUGGCAAAUAUGACACGAUGCUGAAUGAUUUAGGUACAAACUCCACAACAUUCCUCUCUCCCUGUAUAAUGGUGAAGGACGAGUUACACCCAGCCACCAGGAGCUCCAGGCUGACCUCCACCAGCAGAGCUGUGACGAGCCUUGGCCUGUGCAGUGUCCUGAAGGCCUGCCAUGAUAAGCAGCUGCAGUAUUCUCCUCCACAGAAUGCUGAAUGUGGUGAUUCACUGUCACUUUCAGUGUCCCUCCAGCUGUUGUAAUACUUGAGUGUUGUUCCGCCUCCCAGAGGCGACACUUACUGAAGACUGUAACCGUCACAGACAAUGUCAGUGCCAUGUUUGUGUGUAUCGCACCCUUCGUGUUUUGUGAAGGUGUCUGUAUACCCAGUAUUGUCAUCCUUGAGUAUUCCCCGUCACUAUGUGUUGUCCAUCACUUUCCCAGGCCUAGUGCUUGGGGAGCCCCAGUGCCCACCUGAUGCCACUAGUGAUGCCAGAGCUUGGGCUGCCUGGACACAGGUGUCCACUGCCCAUCACCCACUCCCACUAUUGUCAGCUCCCUGUUCCAGACAGCUGGCUGUUGAAGGAACUUGUCCUUUGUCAAUGGUGUUUUAUGUGUAAUGCUUUCCAGCACAUGGUCACAUUGUCUUUUUGACAUCUGAAUUUGACUGCAGGUUUCCUGCCUAACUGAAGUAUUUGGCUCAAAUGCCUUAUGGUGCUAUACUGAAUAUGAACAUAUGAGUGAGGUCUGUGGUUCUAUUCAGACUUGACUGUUACAUAGUGUGAUACUUGACUGUGUAGAAAUUCAUCCAUUGUGACUUGAACCAGUCUCUGAGACAAUCUUUAUCUCUUUCAUCUCAUACAUACAUCCCAAACCCUUUUUUAUACCUGUUCCUUUGAUCACACCUGUGCCUUUCCAAGACUUCCCCAUCCACAAGCCUUACCUUCCCAACCCUGACCCACCUGGCCCAGUUUGGGGAGGGAAGAGAAGGAGAGUCUGCAGAACAUGGUGGUGGUGGUGGAGGUGGUUGUUCUGCUGCAUGGCCACCACAACCUACCAUCCAACUGUCUGCACCACUCAAAGCAGCCGUCCAGCUCUACUGGCAGCCGCCAUACAUGGUCAUCUAUGUCUGAAAACAAAUGAUACUUGCAAGUUUCCUUCAUAAACUAGGAGCGAGAAGGACGGCCGCGGUGGGUGAGGCGAGGCGCAGUCCCCCAUCACCCACCCACACAGGGUGGCGCCACACUUCGCUGCCCCCACACCACCGCCACACUCGAACACACGCAACACGACUCUGAAACGAACACGCUACGAAAAACGACAUCGCUGACCCGGCGCCCCUCCACCGACGAGGUCUCUGUUUCUGCCGUGACGCUCGCAUUACACGGUGAGGGGCGCCCGAGGUCGGGGUGACUCUGCAUAGAGCCCUUGGAGGGAGGGAGAUCUAUUCUUUAGCUUCCGUCCGUUGUGGUAUUACCUGCCGCCUCGUAGCCUCACGGUGACAAGCUUUAACGAUAGAGGUGACCUUUGAGCUAAUCAAUGCAUUCUGACUGCAGUAACGUAACACUAGGUAGGGUUACCAGCAGGAGUGUAACAUUUGGUAAUACGAUAAUAACAACUGUGAUGGUAGUUGACAGUCUCUUUCUCUCUCUCUCUCUCUCUCUCUCUCUCUCUCUCUCUCUCUCUCUCUCUCUCUCUCUCUCUCUCUCUCUCUCUCUCUCUCUCUCUCUCUCUCUCUCUCUCUCCACGGUCUCUAACGAUGACGACCCACUGAUCACAACUUCGACACGUCUUCCGCCUGUGGUUCUCGCAGGGCGCACCGACACUUAUUUUCCCCGAUGAACUUCUAAUCAGAACACACAAUGCAUAAUAAUAUUGGCGAUCAUACAUACACGGUGAACAUAAUGUACAUUUAAAAGACAUAUAGAGUAUAUAUAUAAAUCUCUCUACAUAUAUAUAUCACAUACAUUUAUGAUUAACAGCUAUCAUAACUUCAGUAUUUUUAUAAAGCUGUUCUAAUUAGGCCAAAGCACAGAAAUAAACUCUGCACAAUUCG